CGGCUCCGAUUACAACAGUCUCUUCUCGGAGACUGGAGGUCUGCUGGGAAAGGAUGCUCCCAUUACCCAGAGAAGGCCAGCCUGGAGACGAUGGAUCAUGCCAGCAGGCCAUCUUGCCGUGCUAUUCCUCUACAGCUCGAUAUUCUUCUUUCUCGUGCGACAUGUUCGCAAGAUCGAGAAGCAAAAUGAGCAUGUCGUCUACUGUCACCUGCACAAAAGGCCGUGAAAUUGGAGGCGAUGGAGUUCCAGGGCCAGCUCCGGAUCAUCAGCCCAUACCAAGGCGACCCCAGCCCUGAACUCGAUCAGGCCUGGAAAGAUCUACUACAGUACUCCAACAUCUGGGUGACCGGCGACGAGCUAUCGAAAAUCAACAAGACCUCCAUCCCUGUCCCCGGCGAGGAGGACAAAUACUGGGUUGAGCUGAGUGUUGUUCACGAGCUGCACUGCAUUAAACGCCUCUGCCAAUACAUCCACUCAGAGUACUACUUCGCCAACAUCUCCGCCGAGGACCGUCGUCUAAACGACCUCCACACCGACCACUGCCUGGAGAUCCUACGGCAAAGCGUCAUGUGCCACGCCGACAUCUCCAUGAUCACCAUGACCUGGGAGCCCACGAGCAAGUACCCCGCCGCGGACUUCCAGAACGUCCACGAGUGCAAGAACUGGGACGUGCUGUACGAGUGGCAGAAGGAGCGGUCGGUCGAUAUGAUGAAGCCUGGGUUCUUGGUGCAUCCGUAUCUAGGCGUGCCGUUCCCGGAUGGGUAUUAUCAUGGCAUUGGGGCUGCGGAUCCCGAGAAUGCGAUUGGAAAGGGUGGGGAGGAUACGGACAUGGAAAUGGAGAUGGACUAAACGUCUUUUUCAAGCAUGGAACAAUGCAUUUGUCUGCGGGGAUAUGCCACUGGCUUGUGGAAAACGUGAUCUAGGCGCUUGCAUCGUGAUGAUAGAUGGAACCAAAACGGACGGCAAUGACCGCAACACUAGCUGACCACAGGAUUGUAUAAUCGAUGAAAGUGUUGCACCGCUCGGCCAAAAUGAAUCCCAAGACAUUGAUCUAGCCCGAUGAUCUGCUCCAAGGAAUCCUCAUUCCUGUCAAUAAGCAAAUGCUUAGGCUCCAGUUCGUAAUACUCAAGAGAUGCGCUAGGGCUAAU